UUAAAGGAUUGUUCAAGUUUAGAAGAAUAUAACAUUGCCGCAGCAUUACUCCCUUUGACCAGUGCUUUCUAUAGGAAACUUGCCCCUGGAGUCAGCCAGUUUGCUUAUACAUGUGUACAAGACCACCCCAUUUGGACAAAUCAGCAGUUUUGGGAGACAACCUUUUACAAUGCAGUGCAGGAACAGGUUCGCUCUCUUUAUCUCUCAGCCAAGGAAGACAAUCAUGCCCCGCAUCUGAAGCAAAAGGAUAAGCUUCCUGAUAACCAAUAUCAGGAGAAGACAGCAAUGGACCUGGCAGCUGAGCAACUACGCCUUUGGCCUACCCUGAGCAAGUUAACUCAGCAAGAGCUAGUGCAACAUGAGGAAAGCACUGUCUUUAGUCAGGCCAUUCACUUUGCAAACCUCAUGGUGAACCUGCUAGUUCCACUCGACACAAGUAAAAACAAGCUCCUAAGAACAUCAGCACCAGGUGACUGGGAGAGCGGAAGCAACAGCAUUGUCACAAACAGUAUUGCAGGAAGUGUAGCUGAGAGCUAUGAUACAGAGAGUGGGUUUGAAGAUUCAGAGAAUAAUGACAUUGCCAAUUCUGUUGUGCGAUUCAUUACCCGAUUUAUUGACAAAGUUUGUACAGAGAGUGGAGUUACUCAGGAUCACAUCAAGAGCCUUCAUUGCAUGAUACCAGGGAUUGUAGCUAUGCACAUUGAGACCCUGGAAGCAGUACAUCGAGAAAGCAGAAGACUUCCACCUAUUCAGAAGCCCAAGAUUCUUAGACCUGCUCUGCUGCCAGGAGAAGAAAUUGUCUGUGAAGGUCUUCGAGUCUUACUGGAUCCUGAUGGAAGAGAAGAAGCUACUGGAGGUCUUCUUGGAGGCCCUCAGCUCCUGCCAGCAGAAGGAGCCUUGUUCCUCACCACAUACAGAAUUCUCUUCAGAGGAACCCCCCAUGAUCAGUUAGUGGGUGAGCAGACAGUUGUGCGGAGCUUUCCCAUUGCCUCCAUCACCAAGGAGAAGAAGAUUACAAUGCAGAACCAACUACAGCAGAACAUGCAAGAAGGACUGCAGAUCACAUCAGCAUCUUUUCAGUUGAUUAAGGUAGCAUUUGAUGAAGAAGUCAGUCCAGAAGUAGUAGAGAUCUUUAAGAAACAGCUGAUGAAAUUCCGUUAUCCUCAGUCCAUUUUCAGCACCUUUGCUUUUGCUGCUGGACAGACUACCCCACAAAUAAUUUUACCAAAACAGAAGGAAAAGAACACUUCUUUUCGUACCUUCUCAAAAACAAUUGUGAAAGGUGCCAAAAGGGCAGGGAAAAUGACAAUUGGACGGCAAUAUUUACUGAAGAAGAAGACAGGGACAAUUGUGGAAGAAAGAGUAAAUCGUCCUGGAUGGAAUGAAGAUGAUGAUGUAUCUGUUUCAGAUGAGAGUGAGCUCCCCACAAGUACCACCCUGAAGGCCUCCGAGAAGUCUACAAUGGAGCAGUUGGUGGAAAAGGCUUGUUUCAGAGACUAUCAGCGUUUAGGUUUAGGAACCAUAAGUGGCAGCUCUUCCCGUUCAAGACCCGAGUAUUUUCGAAUUACUGCCUCCAACAGGAUGUAUUCACUCUGCCGGAGCUAUCCUGGCCUUUUAGUUGUACCUCAAGCUGUACAGGACAGUAGUUUACCGAGAGUAGCUCGCUGCUAUCGACACAAUCGCCUGCCUGUUGUAUGUUGGAAGAACUCAAGAAGUGGUACUCUGCUCCUCCGAUCUGGAGGAUUCCAUGGGAAGGGAGUCGUUGGUCUUUUCAAAUCUCAAAACUCCCCUCAGGCCGCUCCUACCUCCUCUUUAGAAUCUUCCAGUAGCAUAGAACAAGAGAAAUACUUGCAAGCCUUACUGAAUGCUGUUUCUGUCCAUCAGAAACUCAGAGGCAACAGCACUCUUACUGUCAGACCAGCCUUUGCUCUAUCUCCAGGUGUGUGGGCAAGUCUUCGCUCUAGCACUCGCUUGAUCAGCUCUCCAACAUCCUUCAUUGAUGUUGGCGCCCGGCUGGCAGGCAAGGACCAUUCGGCCUCCUUCAGUAACAGCACCUACCUACAAAACCAGCUCUUGAAACGGCAAGCAGCCCUUUACAUAUUUGGUGAAAAGUCGCAACUAAGGAACUUCAAGGUAGAAUUUGCUUUAAAUUGUGAGUUUGUUCCUGUUGAAUUUCAUGAAAUCCGGCAAGUGAAAGCCAGUUUUAAGAAGCUGAUGAGGGCUUGUAUCCCAAGCACCAUCCCUACUGACUCAGAAGUGACCUUCCUGAAAGCGCUGGGAGAUUCUGAGUGGCUCCCACAGCUUCACAGGAUAAUGCAGCUGGCUGUGGUUGUAUCAGAAGUACUUGAAAAUGGUUCCUCAGUUUUGGUCUGUUUGGAGGAAGGCUGGGACAUCACUGCACAAGUGACAUCCCUGGUUCAGUUACUCAGUGAUCCCUUUUAUAGGACACUUGAAGGCUUCCGGAUGUUGGUUGAAAAAGAGUGGCUCUCUUUUGGUCACAAAUUCAGUCAGCGGAGCAGCUUGACCCUCAACUGUCAGGGGAGUGGUUUUGCUCCAGUCUUCUUACAGUUCUUAGACUGUGUACACCAGGUUCACAACCAGUAUCCAACUGAGUUUGAAUUCAAUCUCUAUUACUUAAAGUUCUUGGCUUUCCACUAUGUGUCUAAUCGCUUUAAAACAUUUCUCCUGGAUUCAGACUAUGAAAGAUUAGAGCACGGAACUUUAUUUGAUGAUAAAGGAGAAAAGCAUGCCAAAAAGGGAAUCUGUAUUUGGGAGUGUAUUGACAGAAUGCACAAGAGGAGUCCCAUUUUCUUUAAUUAUUUAUAUUCACCAUUGGAAAUAGAGGCUCUAAAGCCCAAUGUAAAUGUCUCCAGCCUCAAGAAGUGGGAUUACUACAUAGAAGAGACCCUGUCCACAGGCCCUUCCUAUGACUGGAUGAUGCUAACCCCCAAGCAUUUCCCCUCCGAAGACUCUGACCUGGCUGGAGAAGCUGGGCCACGGAGCCAGAGGAGAACAGUGUGGCCAUGCUAUGAUGAUGUCAGCUGUACUCAGCCCGAUGCUCUCACCAGCCUUUUCAGUGAAAUUGAAAAAUUGGAGCACAAAUUGAACCAAGCCCCUGAGAAGUGGCAGCAGCUGUGGGAAAGAGUAACCGUGGACCUUAAAGAAGAACCAAGAACAGAUCGCUCCCAAAGACACCUGUCGAGGUCCCCAGGAAUUGUGUCUACCAACCUACCUUCCUAUCAGAAGAGAUCUCUGCUACAUCUCCCAGACAGCAGCAUGGGGGAGGAACAGAAUUCCAGCAUCUCCCCAUCCAAUGGAGUGGAGCGAAGAGCAGCCACGCUCUAUAGCCAGUAUACAUCCAAGAACGAGGAAAACAGGUCCUUUGAGGGAACACUUUAUAAAAGAGGGGCUUUGCUGAAAGGUUGGAAGCCCCGUUGGUUUGUUUUGGAUAUAACAAAACAUCAGCUGCGAUACUAUGACUCAGGUGAGGACACGAGCUGUAAAGGCCACAUUGAUCUGGCUGAAGUAGAAAUGGUCAUCCCUGCUGGCCCCAGCAUGGGAGCCCCAAAGCACACAAGUGACAAGGCUUUCUUUGAUCUCAAGACCAGCAAACGUGUGUAUAACUUCUGCGCGCAGGAUGGACAGAGUGCCCAGCAAUGGAUGGACAGGAUCCAGAGCUGUAUCUCUGAUGCCUGAUGCCCAUGGUCAACCUAUGCUGAAGAAAUAGAGGAACUCAUGCUGCCAGAUAGAAAAAAAAAAGCAUGGAUCCUUGAGGAGCUGAUGACACGUUAUCCCAGGGCCUGAGGUUCUCCUGCCCAGUCCCUUCUUGCAGGGGUUGCUAUAUCUACUUAACCUGAAUAGGUGUUUCACACAGGUCUGGUCAAUAGCCCCAUGCACUCCCUAUAUCUUGCACUACAUUUUUCUAACAGAGUCUUAGUGGUUAAUGAUCAGAAGAUGUCUCCUGAGCCAACUGUGAACCUCACCCAGGCAAAAUGGCUACCACCUACUUGGGUCCUUCUUCAUUAAAGCUAUAGAUCCUUUUUUGUUCUCCAGGGUCAUAAUUUGCUUGGAGACCUGUUUAACAAGCAAAAAUCAAAACCCUCCAAGAUUGUCUCAUAUUCUACCUAGACUAGGUUUCCUAUGAGAGGCAUCUACUUGUACUGCCUGACCUUUGAGAUGCUCAGUUCUCUGAUGCUGCCAAAAGGUGCUUCCAUGGUCCCUUCUCUGCCAUUGGGGUUCACAACAAGAGAUGUCAUUGUUCAGUAGCAGGCAAAGAGGAAGCACACAGCAUUAUUCUGAUGGAAAAAGAUUAUCCAGGGAAUGGUACAAUGACCAGCCCAAUGCAGGAAAACACUACUUCCAAAACAUUAAAUUCUCUAUCCAAAACGUUGAAUUCUCUAGACCAGAGGUGCUCUGAGGAUCCAGGGCCUUGUGUUCUUAUGUAUCUUCUGCUUCCUGACAGUUUCUUUUUCAAAAUAACAUGCAAAAAAAGCUGAAUGCACUAACUCACAAAACAAACACUUGCACCGAACUCCCAAUGAAGUGAAGAUGUUGGAAAGACAGAGGCCAGCUAUUUAGGACCACACACACCUGUGACAAGGGCUGUGUUGACCACAGUCACACUGUGGCAUGACUGGAUACCCAAACUACACUUCUACACAUGAAAAGUAAGAACUGUCUUUAGAUUUUCUUUACUUUGAUAACUUGUGUUUGUUUAGCUUAAGACCCAAGAAAUGCUGUUUGCUCAUGGUAAACAGAAACAGCAUCUUUGCUACAGCCACUGACACCAGCUGGCAUCAUAGGUAGCUAGAUCAUUGCAUUUGUUUUGAAAUGUUAAUAUGUUAAAUACUAAACUAAUAUUUCAAAAAUGUGUAUAUAUGAUUUCUAUAUCCUUGCUUUUCAGAUAGCCUGCUUAUAAUUUAAAUUAACUGAUGCAUUCAUAAGAUUUCAAUAAUGAAAUGGUUCCCUUUUUUAAAAAUAAAAAUACAUUGUCUUUGUAGAUUAAAAAUGUCGGAAUUUCAAAUUUAAAAUUGUCUACACACUAGGAAAUAGAACUGUGUUAAUAUAUAAGAAAUUCGGGGAUAAUUAAGAAUGAAGGACUUUUCUAUCAUUUCCAUUUUAUAAAUUGCCACCUGUGAAAAUGGUUUUUGCACAUUAUUUGUAUUUUUCUUUGUAUAUGAAAUAAUUUUUUGUACUUUGUAAAAUAUGGAGCCCAUUGUACCUUCAGCUAUUUGAGACUAUACACAGUGCUUCUUUUGUAACUGGACUAUUUUAACUUUCGUGAAGGCAUUACAUUGCCUCACAUUCACUAACCACCUUGAAUUAAAUUUAUUUCUUAAGAAAAAGCAUCCCUCA